AAUUGUCUGUGGCAUGUAAUUUGACGUCUGACUGGUUAAUCUGUGUUUGAUUCUCUGUGAUCAACAUUUUGUCACGGCCACUCCAUGAAGCUGUCCGUUCUUCUCUUUGAACAUCAGCUGUAGAGUUCAACUUCAACGCUGACAGCUGUUGAAGAUGUGAUAAAAUAAUGACCAAGAGACGACUUUUUGAGAGAUCGGGGUCGUGAUUAGUCUAUCAAGACCAAUGUCAUCAGUAAAGUGAUCUUAAGAAAAACAUCCAAAUGUCAUCACAAAACAAUAUGGAGAAUUUGCCGAUUGAUAUUCAUUACAACAAACUGCUAGACUGGUUGAUCAGUAGACGACACUGCUCCCAGCAGUGGCAGUCAACAGCACUUACCAUUCGAGAGAAGAUCAACUUGGCUAUACAAGACAUGCCCCCGGUGGAAGAAAUUACCAAACUGCUUCAGGGAACAUAUAUCAACUAUUUUCACUGUAAGAAGAUUGCAGAUUUAUUAAAGAGUACUGACUCAGGAGCUAAAAACAUAUUUGGACAGUAUUCUUCACAGAAAAUGAAGGAUUGGCAAGAAAUUCUGAAGUUGUAUGAAAAAGAUGGUGUAUAUUUGGCUGAGGCAGCCCAAUUAUUAACGCGGAAUGUGAACUAUGAAAUUCCUGCCCUGAAGAAACAGAUUGGGAAAUGCCAGCAGAUUCAGACAGAAGGUGAGAGAAAGGAGUCAGAAUAUAUCAGCAAUGCAGCUAAAUUAAAGAAAGAGUACAAUGACACCUGUAAACAGAUGGGAAUAGAGGGGAAGAAGAUCAAAUCAGAACUGGCGACUUUGGUUCGGGAUAUGCCUAGUGUGUUUGAUAAACUAGCCAAAAAGUCAAAAGGACUAGAAGGAGCUGUACAAUAUUACUCAGCGUUUAUGGAUUUUAUUAUGAACAGGUCAGAUUUAGGUGCCUCAGCCGUUCCAAUGUUGAGAUAUGUCCAGCAGAAAGGCAGUACAACAACAUAUGAGUGGCAGACAGGGCAUAAACCCAGCCAGGUGAUAGAGUCAGCCAUUAACAUAGACACUGCUGACGAGGUGGACAAAACUGCAGAUACUGGAGACAUUGACUGGGGAGACAUAGGCACUGGAGAGGAGGUGGAUUAUGCGGCUGACAUUGACUUUGAUAUAUCAGAAGUUUCUGUGGAAGGCGUGGGCAUUGAGACGGUUGAUGGUGGAGAAGAGGUAGGAACUGGUGGGAACAUAGACUGGGGAACAGGUGAAGUGACCAAAUCUGACCAAUCAAGCUCCAAAGAAGGUGUGGCUCAGGGAGAGAAUGCAUUAUCGCUGUUAGACAAUCCUAAAACCAGGAACCUCUUUGUGGAUGAUUUAUCAGAGCUGGAGUGUUUCCUGGCACAGCGUCUGGUGGAACUAGGAGGGGAAGGGGAUGUACUGUCUGGCAGUCACAGCCAGUCUGCUCCUGCCAGUAUCCAGGUAGAUGUCACUAAGGUUACAGAGAUGCUGGAGGCUGUCAGGGCCAUUACCACAGAGCUGACGUCAGUACAGAUGCACCAUCUCAUGCUCAUCCGCAACUCCCCAAGGUAUGUUGACAGACUAACAGACACAUUAAAACAGAAACUCCAGCUGGCAGACAAGAUGGUUUUUUACCAGAAACAGUCGGUGGCAAAGCGCAACCAAGCCUUGGAGGAACAACGCGAUUUGGAACCCAAGCUGGAUGUCAUUAUCCAACGCACCAAGGAAUUACAAAAACAAAUGCAGAAAGAGAUUUCCAAAAAAUACAAGGACAGGCCUGUCAAUAUCAUGGGGGAAAUCAACACUAUCUGAUUAUAUCAUUAUCCAUUUUAUGGCUGUAAAUUAUUCACAAUCUACAGUGUACAUAUAACAUAAAC